UGAUCUUUUUUUUUUCCUGCGCAAGACAGAGGUGCAACUGAUAUUAUUGUGGUUGAUCAAGACUUUGUGAUCUACGUGUGGUUGUUUAAGUUGUAAGCGAAUACGAUUACAUGGUAGCUUAUGUUGGGUGUUGCAGAAAGAAGUACCACAAGGAAAAAUAAGUGUUAUUUACUUUCACCUGGUGUGUUUUCGAACUUGGUGGUAGUGACACUGAGCAGCGUUAUUUUUGUUCAAUUGCUUUUGUCAGAUAAAAACGUUGCAUGGGCAGGGCAUUUCGUAAAUUUCGUAGUCGUGGUUUCCUCGCGACGAUCAUAUUGGCGUAAUUCACGCAUGCACGCAAGGAGGGUUCAACGUUCUCACGAGUGAUUUUCGUGAAUCUGUUUGAAAGGAAAAUGGGAAAGAGAGGAAUAAUGUGAAAAAAGUGAUGAUUUAUUUAUAAAACAAGAAGAUUGAACCGCAGUUUCGCGAGAGCUAGAACUUGGUUGUUUUGCUGUUGUAGGCUGGUUAUUCAAUGCUGUACGCGACGCGGUGUUCUAGUUUUACAUUUUUAGUUUUCAUCUUAUACUGUGUUCAUGCAGCUGUGUGAGAAUUGCGUGCGGGUUUUCGCCUUUUCCUUUCAUUGAGAAACGAAAAUAACCUUGAGUGCAAAGUGAACGAGAUUUUCAAGUUGAGACUGGACAUUUCUGCUAGUUUUCCUAGCCGUCGUCGUAAGCCGUGUGUCUCGUACCGAGUGACAACGGUGUGUAACAACCUGCAUGUAUCCGUGUUAUGGCUGGUUUCUGUGUUUCUACUUAUGGUACCAGUAAGCUAAAUAAUCGAACAACGACUGGGAAGUGUCGCGGUUCUCAUUGAGACACGAUCCAACAACAUGUGUUGCGAAUAAAUAUUUACAUCCGAUCACGGUGGGAUUUCCUCGACACCCAAGCUGGGCCCAGUAAACAUUUUGGCUGCCAGAUUUACGACCGUUGUUGCUGCGUGUAUGGACAGAGAAAACAGAUUGAACCGAUCAUCCGGUGACGUCUGCUAAGGUGUUUCACUUAUCGAUCUGGUUUGUUGAGUCAACAGGCCGUAAGUCAGCGCAUUGAGCUGGAAUUGAUACAGUUCAACUGGCCUGGAGGCCAUCGCAGUGUUGUUGUUGUUGUACGCAUGUGUAUGUUGGCAGUGCAAUGAGUGUCGCGAAAUUAAUUAAAGUUAUAUCAAAUCGAAUAAAAUUAAUUACGUGCGAAGAAAAAUGUUUCAUGGAAAUUGUGCCAGCAGCAACAGGUGCAACAGAGUCGAUAUCAAUUAAAGCCACAUUAAAUCGCAGCGUGGCUGGUUGAAGAGAGUGCAGGGAAUAAAACGGAUGUGAAUACUGUUUGAUUCUGGUGGCAAAAAGAGGCCGCGGAUAUGAAAUACACGAAAAAUGUGUGGUUGCUUUAAAAUGUUAAAACGAGUGCAUGGUUCUGGUGGUGAAUGUGUUCGUAGUAAAAUUUGUCUAGUGGCAUUGCUUUGGAAGAUUAAACCUCGCCGUGGUUGGCUGUGUGAUAAGACGUAAUAAUUGAGAAUAGCAUGAAGCUGGAAAGCACUGCGUCGAUAGCAGCUGAGGAAGCUAGUGAUGAAGCAGAAGAGUGGAAUCCGAAGCAGUACUAUCGUGCGACCGGCAGCGACACUUGGCGACACUGCAGUAAUCAUAAGUGUAAACGAUAUCAUGCUCCCGGUGCUAGGUGUGAAUUGAUGUUUGUGGCAAUUGUUGUGAUAAUUUUAACCAGUUUCACCGUGAUGAUUGGCGGCGAUGUAUUUACUGUUGGGUACCUCACCGGAUCACAGCGGCGGUCAGGAGACCGAGAGUACGCGAGACCUGGAUUGCAGAUAUCGGGCGCAAUAACGCUGGCAAUGGAGGAGGUAAACGAUAUUUACUUUAGUCGGCAUGGUCACAAGCUGGAAUUUGACGUGGCUGAGACGUAUGGUGAAGAGGUAACUAGUAUAAGGAAAACUGCAGAUCUCUGGACAAAAGAUGUGAUAGGCUACAUAGGGCCACAGGAAACGUGUGUUCACGAGGGCAGAAUGGCGGCUGCCUUCAACUUACCAAUGAUUUCUUAUUUUUGUACGCACAACGAAACAUCAAAUAAAAAGCAUUUUCCCACGUUUGCUAGAACGAGGCCACCUGAUCUACAGAUAUCGAAAUCAGUUGUAUCGCUUCUGAUUGCUUACAACUGGACUCAGGUAACUUUCUUCUACCGUUCAUCAGAUAACGCCGAGUACGAUGCGGUGGCGGAAACACUCAAAACAACCCUCAAGACCAAUGGCAUCCGAAUCAGGUCGACACGCACCUGGAGUACCAUCUAUCAUCAUGGCUAUUCACCCAAUCCUUUCGACCGGCUUGUCGAAGAAACAUUCAUUGACACUAGAAUUUAUGUGGUGCUAGGUCAUCACGACGAGCACAUUGGUCUGUUGGUGAGCCUAAAGCGCAAAGGGUUAUUGACCGCCGGCGAAUACUUUGUCGUCGGAGUUGACCUUGAACAAUAUGAUGCUGCAUUGCCAAAGAAGUACUUGCACGGAUUACUACAGACUGAACCGGACCAGGAUGCUGUGCCGGCCUUCCAACACUACCUCGGAGUCGUACCGUCGGCUCCUGUCAAGUUUGAAGAAUUUGCUGUUAAGGUUAACAAAUACCUGGAGCUCCCACCAUUCAACUACCGCAAUCCACUGGUAUACUUCGGAGGCGUUAAACAGAUUCGCGCCGAAGCAGCCUAUCUCUACGAUGCGGUUCAUUUGUAUGCUAAUGCGUUGCUUCGUGUCCUGCUAGGCGGCGGGAGUCCUAAAAACGGUACCGCAAUUAUCGAAGCCAUCAAGGGCCGAGCUUAUUUGAGCGCGAUGGGCUAUCUGAUACAUAUCGAUGAGAAUGGUGAUGCUACCGGGAAUUAUACUAUUUUAGCCAGAAAACCUAUGCCCUCUGCUUCAUCGGAGAGAGAAUAUGGACUGUUUCCAAUCGGACGCUUUAGUACGCCGAACGCCUAUGCUAUUCCGGACAUCAAGCUUUUCGGUGCCAUCGAUUGGGUGGGAUAUGGGCCGCCCAUUGCCGAGCCCUACUGUGGCUUUCAAGGCGAGAAGUGUAUAAGUUACACUGGUGAGAUUUCGGCUGGCAUAGCCGGCGGUGCUCUGCUACUGUUAGGGGUCGUCUCGCUCGUGCUUUAUCGAAACUGGCGCUACGAACAGGAGUUGGAUAGCCUGCUGUGGAAGGUGGACUUUAAAGACAUUCAAAUGCACGAAAACGAAAAGGAAAAUAGCGGACAAAAAAUGACGAGGACCACUCAUCCACUGGUACGCACCAGUCAGGUUAGCUUGAGCUCGAAUCCGGAUACGGACUUUCGUUAUACGACGAUCUUUACGCCGAUUGGAUUGUACAAGGGGCAGCUGUAUGCUAUCAAAAAGGUUCGUAAGAAGAGCAUCGACAUUACCCGGGAGAUGAAGAAGGAACUCAAGAUGCUACGGGAUAUGCGUCACGAUAAUCUGAAUGCAUUCAUUGGUGCGUGCACGGAACCUCCGAACAUUUGCAUAAUCACCGAGUAUUGCACAAGGGGCAGCUUGAAGGACGUGCUGGAGAACGAGGAUGUGAAGUUGGACAACAUGUUCACGGCAUCUAUGGUGGCCGAUAUUCUUCGGGGGAUGAUCUACUUGCACGAUUCUCCAUUGCGAUUCCAUGGAUCACUGAGAACUUCAAACUGUUUGAUUGACUCAAGAUGGGUAGUGAAGCUAAGCGAUUUUGGAUUAUUCGGAUUCAAGCAAGGUGCCGAUGACAUACAGGACGGAAAGGAAAAGGCGGAGGUGAAUUGUCAAAAACUUUUAUACCGCGCACCGGAAUUGCUAAGAGCUGGACCGGUUUCGUGUGUUCCUGGGUCUCAGAAAGGAGAUGUCUAUUCAUUUGGUAUAGUCCUGUACGAGAUAUUCACCCGCAAAGGCCCAUUCGGAGAGAUCGAAUGUACCCCAGCGGAAUGUUUGAAGCGGAUUCUGCACCCCCUGGAUCCGAAUACACCUUUCCGACCGGCGAUUCAACCGUUGGAGACUUCAUUCGAUUGUGUUCGCGAAUGUUUAAAGGAGUGCUGGUUGGAAAAGCCGGAAGAGCGACCAGAUUUCAAAACUAUUAGAAAUAAGCUACGAGUUCUAAGAAAGGGCAUGAAACCUAACAUUUUCGAUAACAUGAUGGCAAUGAUGGAAAAAUAUGCUACCAAUCUUGAGCAGUUGGUGGAUGAACGAACGGAUCAGCUUCAGGAAGAGAAGAAAAAGACGGAAGCACUGCUACUGGAAAUGCUUCCGCGGCCCGUGGCAGAACAGUUGAAACGAGGGCAUAAAGUUGAGGCAGAGAGCUACGAUCUAGUCACGAUCUAUUUUAGUGAUAUUGUUGGUUUUACAUCGAUGUCGGCGGAGAGUACUCCGUUGCAAGUGGUAGAUUUCUUGAACGAUCUGUACACGUGCUUCGAUUCAAUUAUUGGGCACUAUGACGUGUACAAGGUGGAAACGAUUGGAGAUGCAUACAUGGUGGUAUCAGGUCUUCCAAUUCGGAACGGGUUAACUCAUGCGGCUGAAAUUGCUUCCAUGUCCCUUCAGCUGCUAGAUGCGGUAUCUGAGUUCAAAAUCCGUCACAGACCAAGCGAUCCGUUAUACUUGCGAAUCGGUAUCCACUCAGGGCCAGUGUGCGCUGGAGUAGUGGGUCUGAAAAUGCCUCGAUACUGCCUUUUCGGGGAUACGGUGAACACAGCAUCUCGAAUGGAGUCUACAGGUCUACAGCUGAAGAUUCACUGCAGCUUACAAACCAAAGAAAUCCUGGAUUCUCUCGGGGGAUAUCAUUUUGAGGAUCGAGGGCUUAUUCCUAUGAAGGGUAAGGGAGAUCAGCGAACAUUCUGGCUUGUUGGAGAGGAUCCCGAAGCAAGAACCAAACGAACGCAGGAGCGAACUGAGAGACGCGGCUCGCGUGCUUUGAACAAAUACAUCGGUAUGCUCAAACAACACAGCAAUACGAAUGGAGUGAGGAGUUCGCUCAAGAAUCGUGCACUUUUACCACGAAGCUCCCUGCCGCGCUCAUCUAGUCUAGAGUCACCAAAGCGUUUGAGAUUUGCCAGUGGGUCCAUGUUGGAACAACAUCGGUAUCAUCACUACAGUGAUGACGCCCUGAUGGAGGUUAUUUCCGAUAGUAGCACUCGGAAAUCCGACAACAGCUUGGCUGAAACCGAGGAUUUCACUUCUUCUUGCCCGUGUAUCGAUAAUCUAGGACUGAAUACCGAACGAUUCCUUACGCAAUCUUGCCCAACGGUAACGACUCCUCUGCUUACUAAUACAGUUGCUACUUAAAUAGUUGAUAACUAUUAGAAUAUUUACAUAAUAACGACCAAUGUCUUCAUGUUUGUGUAACGAAAUCAUUAUUUAUGAACUUUAUCUAGUCAUUACAGCUGUUAUAACAGUUAUAUGUUAAAGUCGAUGUGAUAAAUCAUUGCUGUUACUUAAAAUAAAAACAAAACAGAAACGACAUCAGGUUUCAUAAAUAAUGCGAAGUUUACUAAGAGUAGUG